AUGAAUCAGACGGCAAAAUGUUUGCAGUUCCGAAUUCGCCAAGAUGCCAGGUAAAAACAGUGCAAAAUUACUUAAAUCAGCUGAAUCCUGAAUUAGAAGUUCUUUUCCAACGUCCAAGAGAGGCGUCUACUAAGUUCCAGGCUCAAAACGACCAGGUUUGGUUCUGUAAUUCUCCGAUUGGCGAGUCCACUCUUGGAAAUAUGAUGACAGCAAUGUCACUCGCAGCCUCACUGUGUUCGGGCGACGCCGGUUACAGUUCUAUCUAACCACAAUGUUGAGCAAGACAUAUCAAGGUAGUAACUGGACAUAAAUCAACCACUUCAAUCGAGUCUUACAAUGCCAGGGCUUCACUUCAGCAAAAGGAAAACGUAUCCAACAUUCUCAACUGUUUCGUUGCUGGCAAUUCUUACCUGGCCACUGAAUACCAGCCAUCCAGCUCAAGGGAAUUCCCAGCUCUGCCGACUCCUAGCACAAGUUCUGCCAUUACUUCGAUUCAUCUCAACAGAUCGAGAAUAAUCAGGAUGUAA